CUCGCUGGAUUUUGUCAUCGGUGAAUCGCCACUUGUCAAACUGAUUAGGCAAUUUUUGUAUUUUGCUCGUAAUAAAUAAUACUUUCAUUACGUAUAUAAAUUAAGUGCAUUGGUGAGAUAUCAAUAUGGGACGCUCUAGAUCACGAAGCAAAUCACCUAGACGGCAUCAUAAAAGUAGUAAACACUCCCGAAAGAAGAGUCGCUCUAAGGAUCGUUCUUCAUCGCGAAGUAGAAACUCGAAACACGCUGAAAAAUCUAGGGAACGUACUUCAAAAUCGAGAAAAAGAUCUCAUUCGGUAUCGUCUUCUAGCAGUAGCGGUGGUUCAUAUGAUGGUAGCAGGGGUCACAGAAAGAAGUCAAAAGGACGUAGUAAAAUGGAUGAAGUUGACCGUCUAGCUGAAAUGGAAAGGCAAAGGCGUGUAAGAGAAGCUGAACAAAAGGUGGUUGAAGAAGAAGCAGCAAAAAGAAUAGAGUUGCUUGUCAAGAAGCGUGUAGAAGAGGAAUUAGAAAAAAGAAAAGAUGAAAUUGAACAAGAAGUCGCAAAACGUGUCGAAGAGGCCAAGAGAAAAAUGGAAAAAGAGAUGAUGGAAGAGCUGGAGAGACAACGAGAACAACAGAGGAGGAAGGAGCUAGCCCGUCAGGAGGAAGAAGCACGUAAAAGGAAAGAACUGGAAGAAAUCAUGGCUGAAAACAAUAAAAAAAUUGAAGAAGCACAUCAAAAGCUGGCUGAAGAACGGUUAGCAAUGAUCGAAGAACAAAGAAAAAUGGAUGAAGAGAGGCAGAAAUUGAAAAAGGAACAGGAGAAAAGAGUCAAAGAAGAACAAAAGAAAAUCCUAGGCAAAAAUAAUUCACGACCAAAACUGUCGUUUUCUUUAAAACCACUAUCAUGAGUAAUUACGAUACAGUACAAAUGUUGCAAUAAGAACUCUAAAAAUUGGAUGUGUAAUUAUUAUAUUUUAUUUAAAAUUAGAUGUCUCGCAAAUUAUUAUGAUGUAUCUAUUAUACUUAUGCUUAUUAACGAAAUUUGUUACAUAUAGUGUCAUUAUAUUAGCAAAGGAGCCUCUUGUAUAUAUAAGUCCUAUUUUGAGUCUGAAUCAAAGACAAAAUUAACUUCAUUUCAAUUAUGUUGGUUAUGAAAUGACAAAAUUAUGCACACAUAAAUUAGCUGUAGUAAUUGAUAACUGUUUGUCUAUAUGCAAUCAAAUUAAUUUUCUUUCUUGGUAUUUUAAGAACAUGAUUAAGUUAAAACUUUUUCUAGAGUUUCCAAUCUGUCGUUCUGUGUCUGUGUUGAUAUGUCAAUUUUUCCUAGGACAAGUACAGGUCUUAAUAUGUGCAUCUGGGAUCAGGUCAGAUCCAUUGGUUAAAACAAAAAAAAAAGUCCUUGAAAUUGAACCCAUAAACCAGUAUUCUGCAUUUAUAGCAGAUGUGAUACUUUCGAUAUUGAUUCAGUUUUUUUUUUCAUUUCUAGUACAACUAUCAUUAUUUAAAUCUGUGGACUAGUCUUCACCACAGACUAAAACCCGAUAGACAGUUUAAUAAGUACAUAAGUGAGUUAACUCUCUGACAAAUUGAGUUCUUUUUGAUGUUCAGAUAAUAGUUAAAACUGAGUUCAGUUUUAACUAUUAUCUUUUUUUACAGUUUUUACAGUUUUAACUAAUUUACUUCUGGCUAGUUAGCCAGAAGUAAAUUAUCAAUACACUGUAUACAUUGAAAUGUAGAUCAGGCUUUACCAUACAGUGUGUAUAAAAUGUAUAUGAAGUUAUUUCUUUCCAAACAACCACCAUGCCGUUAAAAGAUUUGUAAGUCAUAAAUAAAAAGAUCUACCUUUAAAGAAAAUUGUUCAUACACCAAUAAAUUAUCAUAUAUUUUUUUAUCAAGAGUAGCUAGAAUUAUUAUUAUAUUGGUAAGCAGAACUAAUGAGAUACUACUUAAUUUUUGCUUUAAAUAAAAAAAAAAUUGUUUUAAAAAUUUACAUAGUAAAUAAAUUAUGAUUUUCUUAUGAAAAUCAUCAGUGAGCAGAACUUUAUAUUUGUUUUAAACUUUAAAGUGCUUCAUAAUAGACUUCAAAAUUUAAUAAAAAUUGACUGCUAACCACAAAUAAGUUUUGGAAUAGAACAACAACCUAUUUUCCAUUAGCAUACUCAUUAUAUUUAAGGAUUCUCGUUAAAUAUUGUGACAUGUAUUUGUAUAUAAUGCAUUAGAGAAAAUUUUCGCUACCUAAAUUUUGCUUAUUUAUGACAGGUAUAGUAGGGAUGAUGACUGAGUUUUGCUUGUUUAUCCAUCAGGUAGAUUAUUUAAAAAUAUAAAAACGUAUUUUUUGCGUAAUCAAUAAAUUAUGAAGAUAUAUUGUGUUAAAAUAUCACAUGACUUUCAACAAAACUAUGACGUAGCGAGCCUCCUCAACUUAUGCCUAUUAUCUAAACAAUUUCUUGUUAAAUUGAAGCAAAAAAAAACCUAUUAUUUUUCUAUUAUCUUCAGGACUAAAUAGAUUUUUUUUUACCCAGUCAUCAUCCUGUUGUGAAUGUUUUAUAACUGUUACAGUAAGAUACAACUGAUGUGUCUCACUGAUGUACUUGCGCAGAAGGCUAAAUUUUGAAGCGCGGCAAAUGUCGGCCAAUUAGAAUACUUAAAUUAUCACGCUAUCGGACAAACCAACAAUAUGCACGCGCAUAACUCACGCUGAGUAUGAAUGAGACGAAACCUACGUUAUCUUUUAUACCUUAUGCUUACUGAAACAAGUCUCACUUUAAGUUUUAAUCUUACGUUCGGUCAUUAUCGUCUUUGGCAAAUGUAGUUGUAACUUACUGUACUAUAGUUACUUUAUUCAAACGAUUUACCAAAUAUUCAAGUGUAUUUAUUUGACUCGCUUUGUAUAUAUCUAUAUAGCUGUAGUAUAUUAUUAUAUGUUUCAUACGUUUUAUUUAAAUAAGAGUUUUUCUAUCGAUGCCUCAAAGCGCCUGUAUCUUAUUCGAAUAGAAUACGUUUCAAAGAAAUAUGUUUUAGUUAAAACUUUUUGUAAAUAAUAUUGUUUGUAAAUUAGUUUGUAACAAGCGGUACGUAACUGUCUUAGAUAAGAUUAAACAUAGAUUUAUGGCGGAAUAAGCUUGGCCCAGAAGGCCUACCGCGUAACUGACUGAUCUGUCAAAUUAAAUGAAUUGUCUGUCAGUCUGAUAGUGCAUUCAGACGCUUGAGUUAAGCGGUGGAGCCGCUGGAGCCUUUGGACUAACGAAGAAACCUCGUUUUAGGUUCUGUCUUAAUAAAAUAAUAUUCUGAUGAGAUAUCUUAAUUAAAAUCUGUAUAAGAAGUAUCUCAAGAACAUGUUUUCUCAUAUGAAAUUAUUUGUUGUUAGCUUUAAGUGACCAGUGCAUGAGUUGGUCAAGUACAUGAUGGAAUAUCAAAAGAAAAUCGCUUUUACUGUGCGUUUAACUCUUACUUGCUAUCCAGUAACAGGGUGUGCCUUGCGUCUCAGUAUUGAAGUCAUCAAUAGGUAAAUCAAUAAAUUAUUUUGAUUCUUUCAGAGUUUAUUGACCUCAUAAUGACUAAAACAGAUAGUCAGAUUUCCUUUUCAUGAUUACUUAUUAUAAAAACAUUUUUCAUCAUCGUCAUCUUGUUUAAAUAGUUAAUAGGUAGGUACGUAAUAGUUUUUUUUACCUUCAAACUUCCGUGUUAUUCAAUAAUUUAGAAAUAAAAUUCAU